CAGCAUCCUCUUGCGCCCUCAGCACUGAAAUAACCAUCUACACUCCACGUAUAUUCCAUUCCCAACACUUGUACACCUCCCAAGGCUUUGCAGCAUCUACCAUCCCCAGGCCAUCACCAUGAAAACCGGGCCCGUCAUCAUCAUCCUCGCCAGCCUCGCAGCCGCCGCCAUGGCCGCUCCCACCCAUGGCGACUCCCCCUCCCGCAGCGCACUCCUCGACGACGUCGACAAAGACAGCAAGCGCCGCCAGGCAUGCUCCCGCCAGAUCAAGUGGGAGGCGGGCGGGUGCGAGACCGACUGGAACGAGCACUGCCAGCAACACUGCGAGGCGAGCGGCAUCGGCCGGGGCUGCUGCGCCGGCACCGUCAAUAACCACAUCGAGUCAUCGGGCUGCUUCCCCGGCUGGAACGUGUGCCGGUGCACCUGUGCGGCGAAUUAG